AUUAAAACUUGGACUUCCUGUGUCACAGUUCAACAGGAAGAAGGAAGUGACCUAGCAGCUUGGACCACAUGCCGAGAAGAAGAAAGUGCCUUAUCAGCUUGGACCACAUGUCUGGAAUUUGAGGUCAUCAGGAACCCAACAAAUUCCAGAAGUGACGUCAAGACUCCAUUUAUGUAAGCAGCUGGGCUUCCAAGCAAUCCACAGCAAGCAACCAGCUUGUUUUAAACGGUCUAUAUGAUACAGUUACAAACUUUUCAUUGGCAAUGGACGGAUGGACCAGAAUGAGUGUUAUGGAGCUGUGUGAGACUGAUGACCUGGCCACCAGUUUGGUGCUGGACCCUCUGCUAGGCUUCAGCACCCAUAAAAUGAAUAUCACUCCUCCACCAGAGAUCCAGCAUUUGGGAAGUAUCAAAGAAACCCUGCUGUGCUUUCAGCAUAUGCAUGACUUUAGCACAACAUUCAAGGCACUUACAGUGGGCAAACUGGCUGGUGACUACUUUAAUUCUCUGGGAAGCCAUCGUCAGGAGCUGCUGAGGCAACAUGCCAAUCGCUACCUCAGUGCCUUCCUGUUGGACAGUGGUGUCAAGAUAGAGUCCUGUUACAGAUACUCUUCAGAGACCAAUGGAGCAAAGGUAACCUCAACAAAGUACUGGUUUGCAGGACAGCGUGUGGAGGUCCUGCUGGGCUGCACAGCAGAUUUCGGUCCCGCUGACAGCAAUGUGCUGAGGGCAGGAGUCAAUGACUUCAGCGUGAUGUAUUCCUCACGCAAACACUGCGAUCAGCUCUUCCUCGGGCCUGCAGCUUUUAUUAAUCACGACUGCAAACCAAACUCCAAGUUCCUUGCUGGUAAGAAGAAUAUCGCUUAUGUUGAAGUGAUUCAACCCAUCUCACCUGGGGAGGAGUUCACGUGCUACUAUGGUGCCAACUUUUUUGGGGAGGGAAACGAAAUGUGUGAAUGCUGCACGUGUGAGAGGAAUGGAGAGGGUCACUUCAAACAAAGAAGGAAGCAGCCUCAUUCUGAAGAAACAAGGGUCCUUGUGGGCCCAAAAUACCAACUGAGGGAGGGAUAUAUUUGUCAUAACAGAGAGGAGAGUAGCGCUGGCCUCAAUGACAGGGUGGUUAAAGAGGUGGAAAGACAGACAGUACACAAGAGGUCCUCUUCGAGACCAAGAAGUUCGGCUCACACCAUGCUCACACAUCGAACAAAACCGAGUAACAUGGCCAAAACAGAACCUGUGUGUCACCCUGUUGAAAUGGACAAAACCUGCAACACAGUAACAAAUGACAAGACUGAGAAAGCAGUUACACAAAUUCUAAGCAACAAGUGCGACAGCACUGAAUCCUACGUCAUGGACACAGCCCAAAAGCCAGCUGCUGAGACAGUGGAGGACAAGCCCAUGAGAGCUUCAUCCCUGUUAGAAGAUUGUCAGAGUUUCACACAUCGAUCAAAGAAAGCUGGAGAUAAUGUAAUGAUAUCACCACAAAGUGAGGAAGCAAAGAAGACCUCUGAAGACAGGAAAGAAAAUGAGGUUGUAAGAAGAAGGAACAAGCAGAAUCCUAGAGCAGCUCUGACAGCACAGUCAGAAAGAAGAGUGUCCAGAGCCCAGAGGAAGCAGCAAGGAAGUACAGAGAUAUGCACAGCUGAAGGUAUCAGUGUUCUGAAUGACAUAUUUGCCAAGAUGAAUAAAAAAGUAUGCGGAAUGUGUUUUGCUAGCUACAGCAACUUAAAGCAACACCUUACAGUGUCCCACACCAUUCCCAAUAAAAAGGAGUUUCAGCUUCUUGUAAAAUAUGGGAAUGCACGAACUAGAGACAAAUUGGACUGUCAAAUAUGUGGGAAGAAAGAGCUCAUCCGCCUUGAUAAGCAUUUACAAGUUACACAUAAUAUUUUGGCAUUUGAGGAACGAGAACCAAUCACAAAGCAGGCCAAGAAAGCAGCCAUUGUGAAAGAGCUUGCUGAACUGCGGCAGUCCGACCCUGAUGUGCCCAUGGUAUCGAUGUUGGACCUGGGGAUGACAAAUGAAAAUGAGGAGGAUGAGUGUCUGCUUUCUGGUGAGGAGCAGAGGCUGGAGCAAGCGGGAUUUGAGUGCCAGGAGGAGGAGAUGGACAUAUCCCCCGAUGUUGCAAUUGGCAGUGAUAAACACUCCAAUGAUCGUUCUCCCACUGGAAUCGAUUCCAGCCCCAAAUGUUCCACCGCCAUGUCUGUUGGAAGUCAUUUGAGAUGUGAUGAAAACAUGUCCUCCUCCAGUGACCCUGAUAAAACUACCAGUCAGCCACUUCCUUCCACUCCUGUUUCUGGGUCCCACAACUCCUCUUCCAGUCAAUGCAACUGUGAGCUGUUUGCUCUCAGGUUGCAGAAGCUGGAACAGAAGGUGGAUCAGUUAAUGACAUGGACAUCCAACAGGAUACCCAGCAGACCACCUCUCUCAAAAUCUAUGUGCCACGAUCCCCAAACUGCAGAGAGGUUUUAUGUCGCACUGCCAGACAAAGUGACAGGGUACGAAACAAGGAAGUUUAGCCUGAAAGCCCUGAAGAGCGCUGUUGAAAACUCUCAGGAAGGUGAAAUCGUUGAUGAUGAGGAAUCCAUCCUCAAUGACAAACCAGAGACCAGCUCAGACGAUGAGGAACCGAUCUACGAUGAUCGCCCAGAGUCAAGUUCUUCAAUUUCAUCAGAGGAUUUGAGACCCAGGCAUGGAAAAAGGCCUCAACAGGAAAGUGUACCGAACAAAAUCCAACAUCGUUAUGCAGGUAAAAAUGUACUCACCGUCAAAGAGUUUUGUGGAGAUUGCACUCCCUGUCGACCAUGCUCCAGGGCAUGUGCCAGCACCCCCUCUCGAGCAAGAUCCAGGGCAUGUGCCAGCACCCCCUCACGAGCAGCCUCAAGGGCAAGUGCCUGCACCCCCUCUCGGCCAGGCUCCAGGGCAAGUGCCCGCGCCCCGUCUCGGCCAGGCUCCAGGGCAAGUGCCCGCGCCCCGUCGACCAGGCUCCAGGGCAUAUGCCAAUACGCCCUCUAGAGCAGGAUCCAGGGCAUGUGCCAGCACCCCCCUCACGAGCAGGCUCAAGGGCAAGUGCCUGCGCCCCCUGCUCUACCAGGCUCCAUGGCAUGUGACCUCUGCCCGUAAGACCCACUGGAUGGACAAUAAUGAAGAGUAUGCUGGCGGUCUUAUUUAACAAUUAAGAUUAUUAUUUUAUAUUUGUCUUACUGUUCUUUGAUUUUGAAUUUAUUAUUAUUUGUUUGUUGUUUAUUAUAUUAUUUGAUUUCCAUACAUUAAUGUUAUAACUAUAUAUUUUUUGGUUUUACAUAAUUUUAUUUUCUAAAUUUAAAAAAGAGUUAAGACAUGAAAAAAUCCCAGCACUU